AUGCGCAGCUACGCCCUCCUUUCCCUGGGUGCCCUGGCAUCGGCAGCAGUAUUUGAUGUCAACGUGGGCCAGAACGGCUUCACAUACUCUCCCGACACGGUCACGGCUGGGAUGGGCGACACUGUCAACUUCCACUUCUACCCUGGCGAACACACUGUGACUCAGUCAUCCUUCGACAGCCCAUGCAAACCCAUCUCGGGAAAUGCCAUCAACUCGGGCGUCAUCAACUCGAACUCGGGCCAGGCGAGUCAGAUGUUCUCGAUGAGAGUGAACUCCACCGAUCCCAUCUGGAUCUACUGUGGCCAAGUUGGGCAUUGUGCCGCGGGGAUGUCCCUGGUCAUUAACCCACCAUCGAACGGCAACACUCUUGCCGCCUACCAAAAAGCCUCCAGCGGCCAAUCGGGCCAAAUCCCGUCCAGCGUGUUCGGCGGUGUCAUCGUCGCCAACGUGGACAAUGCCGGCGCCAACGCCAGCAGCAGCAGCAGUAGCAGCUCUUCCAGCUCGGCCUCGAGCUCGGCGUCCAGCGCUGCGUCGAAUUCUAGCUCCACCACCUCUGGAUCCUCCACUGCCACCACUGCCACCACAACCACUGCGUCUGGCAGCACGACCAACACCGGCGCCUCGGCACAGUCGACCAGCAACGCCGCUUCUUCGAGCUUUGGUGUCGUGGCCUUGGAGUGGUCGCUUGUGGGUACCCUGUUGGCUCCCGCUGUGGCAUACCUUUUCUCGUAA